AUGGCCCGCAACAGUGAAAAAGCGCAGUCGAUGCUGUUCCGCUUCCGGGCGCAACAAGCAGCAGACCUCGGAAUCAUCGAUAUCGGACGCACCCGCCGACCCAAGGCUAUUACAACCGUCGACUCGAUCCCCACUUGCGAACGCUGGCGCGGCCAAGUCCUCCAAGAAGUCUCCCGAAAAGUGUCACGCAUCCAAGAGCAAAGCCUCAGCGACUACCAGAUCCGAGACCUCAACGAUGAAAUCAACAAGCUCAUGCGCGAGAAGUGGGCAUGGGAGAUGCAGAUCCGCAACCUCGGCGGCCCGAAUUACAUGCGCGGCACUGGGCGGGUCUAUGAUGACGAUGGACACGAGAUCCCGGGCGGGGGCAAGGGCUAUCGAUAUUUCGGUCGCGCGAGAGAGCUGCCCGGUGUUAAGGAGAUGUUUGAGGCUGCGGCCCGUCGCGGUCGUGGGCCCGCAGAGGAGGAAGACGGCGCCAAGGCUGGAAGGGGCGGGGAUAUCGCGACGAAAAAAGUCGAUGCCAAUUACUUUGGCUAUGGGCUGGAUGAGGAAGAUGGGACGUUGCUUGCUUACGAGCGCCUAAAGGAGAAGGAGGCUGUCGAGGGUCUGCGUCGUCAGGGCGAUGAUGACGCCGAGGAUGGCUGGCAAUCUCUUCCCGGAGAUGCCGGUGACGGCGUCGAGUGGAGGCUCCCGACGAUGGAGGAAGUCCAGGAAGAGCUGGUCGAUAGGCGCCGGAGACGGCUCCUGUAUAAGAUCUCUUGA